AUGCUUGCCUCGAGUUCAUCACCUAGACCUAAACGUUCCCUGGAGCGCGACGAGGAUGGCCGUUUGCGCUUCCAGGGCUGCUCCUCUAUUCGUGAAUUUGAAUUCUUAGGGAAGCUUGGUGAAGGAACAUUUGGCGAGGUUUAUAAAGCUAGGUCAAAACGAGCGGGCUCGUUAGUCGCCUUGAAAAAGAUAUUAAUGCACAAUGAGAAAGACGGGUUUCCAAUUACGGCCCUACGAGAGAUCAAACUUCUUAAAAUCCUAUCACAUCCAAAUAUUCUACAACUGCAGGAGAUGGCAGUGGAACGAAGCAGAGGUGAAGGACGAAAGAAACCAUCUAUGUACAUGGUGACACCUUAUAUGGAACAUGACUUGUCUGGAUUACUGGAGAAUCCGGAUGUCCGCUUUUCCGAACCUCAGAUAAAAUGCUACAUGAUACAGCUUCUAAAAGGCCUUCAGUAUCUGCAUGAGAAUCGAAUACUACACAGGGAUAUGAAAGCAGCGAAUUUAUUAAUUAAUAACGCGGGUGUGCUUCAGAUAGCAGAUUUUGGGCUCGCGCGACCCUACGACGAAGCGCCGCCAGUUGCCGGUAAAGGAGGUGGAGAGGCGAAGAGGGAAUACACGACACUGGUUGUCACUCGGUGGUAUCGCCCCCCUGAACUUCUUCUCCAGCUACGUCGCUACACUACCGCAAUUGAUUUGUGGGGUGCUGGAUGUGUUUUUGGUGAAAUGUUCAAAGGGAAGCCUAUUCUUGCUGGAAGCAGUGAUCUUAAUCAAGCACAGCUUAUCUUUAAUCUUGUGGGCUCUCCCACUGAAGAAAACAUGCCAGGAUGGAGCUCGCUGCCGGGAGCCGAACCAAUUCGGUCUUUUGGUUUCAAGCGUCCAACCCUUGCUACUGUUUUUCAAGAACAAGGGCCUGUUGCAAUAUCUCUUUUAGCGGAACUCCUGAGACUCGACUGGCGCAAGAGAAUAAAUGCCAUUGACGCUCUCAAACAUCCAUAUUUCACUACUCCUCCUCUACCUGCUCGACCUGGUGACCUUCCAUCCUUUGAGGAUUCCCAUGAGCUUGACAGAAGGAAGUUCCGCGGCCAGAAGGCUGCAUUACCCCCAGCUCCCGCAGGCGGAUCAGUUGGAAUGGGAGCCCAUGGCGAAUGGACUUCAGGCUCUGCUCAAGCACCAACCACCGACCCAAAGAAAAGCCGAGUUCCACACGCAGCACGCUCUGGUUAUGGAAAUAACAUGCAUCCAUCUUCUAGACCUCCAUACGAUAGUCGUGCUCCUGAUCCAAUUCAUGGCCAUAAACGAAAAGCAUCGGGCGAACCCAAUAGUCACCUCCCGGCAUGGCAGCGUGAUGCGAACUUACCGCCUAAACCACCCGCCCCAGCCAAUCCGCAAUGGCAAGCUGGUUCUCGUCGUGGUGGAGGGCCUGGCCAGGAUCAAAGGCGCGAUAGACCACCGAUACCUCGAGGAGGCGGAGGUAUAAACGAUGGAGGCCGAGACUCGUAUGUACCUAAUUACGUCGGGGGCGGUAAUGACCGAUACCGAUCAGGAGGUGACGGACCCAUGCCUAUGCGCCGGGAUAAUAUUGACCCGGUGUCUAGAGAUCGAUACUGGCGACCAAGCCGAAGUCGAAGCCCAGAGAUGAGAGACCGUAGCCGAACAGGCGAUCCUGGUGCACUCCCCCAUCAUCUAUACAGACGCUAACUUGUUCGUCUUUGAUGGGCUACCCUUUCA